AUGUUGACUGAAGAUAAUCAAAAAUACUGGCGUCCAGAUACACCAGCGUUUGCCGACUAUUAUUACCAUGUUAUUCAAGUAAAUACAUCGACAUUCGAUCAGUAUAGUUUUACAAUUAACAGCUCGAUCCAAAUAUGUGCCUUUAUGUAUACUAGCGAAUUUGAUCCAACGAAUCCAUGUUCGAAUAGAUGGUUUUAUGAUUGUAGCGGAACCAAUGGAGAAGUUCGAUUCCGCAAUUUCUUUGAAUCCAGACGAAACUACGUUUUGGUGAUCACAACUUUCUCUGCGAAUGUAACCGGAGAAUUCACAAUUAUCAUUUCUGGUCCAGGAUUGGUUGAGCUCACUCCUUCUCCUUUAAAUACAAUUUCUCCUCCGCCAAGUAAGUCGAAAAACAUUCAAAUACAUUUAUUUAUCAGGCAUCUGUUGGAUUCUUAA